GUCGACAGUCAGCUGUUCGUUUCGUUCGAUCGCAGCCUGCCGUGCCUUCUAGUUUCGCUCUUGCCGGUUCCCUUUUGUCGCUUAUCGGUUUUUCAGUGGUCAUGGCUACCUACGCAGCUUACAGACACAUCGAGCUGGACAAGGUCGGCUACAGCAAAAAAAGAGUACGCAACCCAUCUAGCGAAAUUCUAAACGUUAUUUGCACUCCACCAUCAGCAGGAAAAACUAAUGGACAUCAUAGCUACACACCCAGAAGGUCUUCCCAGCAUGUCGACUCUUUCAAUAGGCUUUUUGGAACUCCCGAAAUGAAGAAAAUCACACCUAGGAGGGGUUCCUUAACUAACCAAGAUGUAACAAAUCGCAAUCCCGUAACUGGAAAUGGGGUAACUUCUUGGGACGAUAGGCCCUCCAGUCGUAACAGUUCUCCUAGGAUACAUACAGAACGUAAUCCCGUCACUGGAGAGACAUACACAAUAGUCAGCCCCAUCACCACCCCCACCAAACCUGUACAGAAUGGAUUUGCCAAAAUGAAUGGAACUUCAACCCCCAUCCAAAAUGGAAACUCAACCCCACUGAUGAACGGAAACCCAACUCCAAACGGAAAAGCUUAAACUUUUAAAAAUCUCAGAUACGCAACCAAAAAUUACGCAUUUACCGACCUUCUUGGUAAAACUAGGAGGAGUAAGGAAUUGAUCACUAGUUUCUAAAGUGGAUGGAUAAUUUUAAUUGGGGUGUUUACGUAAUUUUUGUUUCUUUCUUGAAAAUUCCACUCGUAUAGCUUCUCAUAACUGACCCUGUACCCUGUAGUAUUUCGAACCAAAUCUAGCUACUUUUUAGAACUUAAAUAUAUAGGUUACGUAUUAUAUAUUGUAAGGUGAACUCCUAUAUCCUACGAAGCACUAAUAAAUAAUUAUAAAAAUAUUUAUCAAGUGCGCAGUGCCUAGUUAGAGUAUCUCUAUCUCUCGAGAAUGUUUAUCUUUUUUUUAUUCUUAUAUAUCUUUAAAUAAUAAUGGAUAGUUUAACGUUUUUAAAUUAUGUAGUUGUUUUUAUAUCUGUUCAUAUGAUUAUUUAAUAUCUAUUUUAGACGUAUUUUAGUGUUAUGCGUUUGUACUCUAAGUGAAUAAAGUUUUAUACUCAU